AUGGCACCUAAAUUUGCUUUACAAGCUAUGGAGACUAUGUUGCGAGAUAUAACACAAUGUAAUAAACCAUUCGGCGGUAAAGUUAUUUUGCUUUCAGGAGAUUUUAGACAAACUUUGCCAAUUAUUUCGCAUGGCAGUCGCACUCACAUUGUUGAGGUAUGUGUGAAAAAUAGUAGAUUGUGGGAUCUUUUUGAAACUAGGUCCUUACAUGUUAAUGUUAGAUUGGAUAAUAAUCAGGAAGAGUUUUCAAAUUGGUUAUUAAAUGUUGGUGACGGUAAAACUCAUUCUAUGUUUGAAAAAGAGAACGGUGUUUUAGAAAUUCCACAGGAUUUGAUUUCUGGCGGAAAUUUAAUAGAUGAAAUAUAUGGAUUGUCAAUAAAUCAAAAUGAUGUAUCUGUUUACUCAUCAUGCAUACUUUCAUUGACUAAUUCUGAAGUGUUAGAUCUAAAUGAACGUAUUUUGUUAAAAUUAGAAGGACAAGAAGUAGUUUAUUAUAGUGUUGAUUCACAUGUCGAUGACGACCCAAAAGAUGUAAAUAAUAUUAUUCCAAUAGAAUUUUUAAAUAGUUUGACACCAGAUGGUUUACCUCCUCAUAAAUUAUCUUUAAAGGUAGGAUGUAUAAUUAUGCUUUUGAGAAAUAUGAAUUUAGUUCAAGGAUUAUGUAAUGGGACUCGAUUAGUUGUAAAAUCAUUAUUGAGAAACGUAAUUUCUGCAGAAAUAAUUUCUGGAAAAUCUAAAGGUGAAAUAGUUUUUAUUCCACGUAUUGAUUUAUCUCCUUCUCAAGGCACAUAUCCUUUCAAAAUGGUAAGAAGACAAUUUCCUGUUAGACUUGCUUAUGCCAUGACUAUUAAUAAAUCUCAAGGACAAUCUUUUGAUAGAGUAGGAAUUUAUUUACCAAUUUCAACAUUUGGUCAUGGUGAAAUUUAUAUAUUACAUAUUGAUGGUGCCUUAGCAAGAGUUCCGACAAAAGUAGAAUUUAAUAAGGGGAAUGUUUCAUUUGAACUUCAGUUAUUUUCAACGACUGAAGUUAAUGAAAUUGGAGAACACAUCAUAGAAGAUGAAGAACCCGCACUUAAUGAGGUAGAUUUACCAGACGUAGUUCACCAUGAAAAUACCACAAUUA